GGUUCACUUCAACUUGAUUGAUGACACCCAACAGCGAUGCCGAGACGGUGCUGGACGAAGACUCGCCCCUGUCCCCGUGUAUAUGGGCCUACUCAGCGGCAGUUGAGGAGCAGCGACAGUCGGAGACGGCGGAGACAUCGAGUGCGGUGUGUGCUGCACAGGUCUCAGCGCCUCGGCAAAACGAGACCGACUCCAGAUUGCAGAAUACACACAGAGAGCUUCAGCUGUCACCCGCGUCACAGCUAAAUGUGCUCUCGCAGAUUAGUGAGCUCGCGGAUGCACAGUCAAGACAACAGGAAGCAGGUCCAGAAUCGUUGCGCCCGAUUCAACAGGCGCAACGCGCACAUGUGUGGGCACCGGCUAUUGAGACGGCAAAGAAGAAGAAGAAUGCGCGUACCACGUCUACCACCAAACCGAAGAAGCAGAAAACGACGCAGAAGAAAACAUCGUGCUCGCUGGUAGAGCGACUCGCAGUGGACAUGCUCGACUGGGAAACGUGCAGUGAGGGAGACUUGUUGAUGGUUGACAUCGACGCCGAGGAAGAUCAAUGGGUCUACGAUGACAUCUCCGAUAGCGAUUUUGAUACGUAAUUCUUAAUUUUAUUCGACAUCGACUACAGUGUAGUCUAAACAAGCUACCUUCCUCUGG